AUGGACCCAUUGUGUUGGGAGGACGUCGCCAUUCUCAAUGGCCACUGCGAUUCGGUAGCACAAACCGUGUGGUCAUUGCCACCGGACUGGCCGACUCCACCAUCGUCUUGUGGCAAUCCCAUGUGGCUCCGCAUGACCGACGAUCCUUUGAGGUACGUUGUUGCGUUGGGCUAUAAGGCCAUCGAGUGUCGGAUCGUGGGAAAGGAAGAUUCUGAGAAUCAGAUCGAAUCGUGGAAAAUUCUGAUAGAUUCUGCGAAGUGCCAGGUCUCUGGACUGGGUACGGGCGCCACCACACGGAUCUGGCACUGUGAUGGAUGGCAGGAAGUUGCGAAGCUCAGGGUGGGCACCUGUGCUGGGGUCAAAGCGGUGCCCGGAGCUCUGCGGGGGAGGCACUGGGGUGUCAUGUCACCUCAGUGGCAGUGGAUUUCUGGUUUUGGCGACGUGUGGACCAGAGGCGAUCUUCACCAAUGGAACCUUGCGGCCGAAUUGACAGGUCAUCAAUCAGCGAUCCGCGCCCUGUGCUGGUCACCGGAUGGCGGCAAAGUUCUCACCGGCAGUGCUGACAGGAAGGUGGCCAGCGGUGCAGACUCCACGUUGUUCAACCUUGAGGCUUCAUCUGAAUCCAUUCGCAAACAGGUAUGCUCCCUUGGGCCCAACAGGCCAGGAACGUUCCAGGUUCAAGAUGACCUCAGAAUAACUUUCCCACUUGAUCCACUGAUCCACCACUUUUCUUCACCCAUAGCCAUGUCAGAGCCUCACUUGGACGAAGACUUGGCGUGGGCCCCUGAUUGGCCGUGCCCCACCUGUACCUUGCUGAACGCUCCGGAAGCCGUGAAAUGCUUGGCCUGUGACAGUCUACGCCCUGGGAGCUCCAGCAACUCUGGGGUGGUGGUGGUGCUGCCUCGGGAAGCACCGAAACGACCUGCGGAUGGCUGGGCCUGUCCCGCCUGCACCUUGUUGAACCCCGAAGCCGCCGACAACUGCGCGGCCUGUGGCGGGGAACGCUGGGUGAAGCGCCAGAUGACGGCGGCGGCGUUGCGCGCCAGGACCAAACCGGCCGCCGUGGAAAGCGACACAGGCGCCACAGGCACCACCGCCCGUUGGGAUCAUGGGAUCUGGGGCGGCCUGGGACCUGACCGCGAAUUUCUGCCACUGCCACCGGCGCCGGAAGGAAGGGUGAUUUAUCGGUCGGCGAAAGAUGAUGAACUGGAUAUGUUCACUGAACUGGAAGCAGCAACAAGUGAGAAACUUCCUGAAGAUCCAACAGUUGAACCUGCAGCUGACACAGCAUCAGCUGAAGUUGCAGCAAAUCCAGAUGGAGUUCCAAUUGAAAAAAUUGAAUCUCCCAAGAAAGUUGCAGAUGUUGCUCCAUCUGCCAUCCGCCCCGCCUGGCGCGUGGAGGGCACCCCGUUGUUCGCCGACGCGGCCCUGGGCGACGUGGCGUUGGACGAUGCCGUGGAGCGCUUGGCAUCCGCAGGGGUCGAGCCUGCGGAGUGUCUGCUGGCGUUGGAAGCGGCCGGAGGGGACGAGGACUUGGCCCGGACCUUCCUGUGGCAGAUGAAAAGGUGGAUGGUCGUGGUGAUUGUUGGCGAAGACGAGUGCAUCCCGAAUGCAGUCGCAGAUGGUGAGCUGAUUGCCAGUGUUGUAACGCAUGUAGGCCUGUGUCCGGACGUAGUCAAGAUUACCCUGAACCUUGACCACCAGACCGACACUCCUUUGCAGCAACUCAAGAAGGCUGUCGAGGAAAAGGUGGCAAAGGCAGAGGAUAAUCAUGAACACCUUCCGCUGUCGCUUGACGUCAUCGUGUAUUUCAGUGGACAUUCUUACCGUAGGCAUAAAAGCUUUUCCACACGAGUCAUCACAGGACAGCGCCAAAGUUUCCAUCUGGAAAGUUCUGUCCAAAAGGUCAUUCAGGAUGCCAAGAACAAGAAUAGCCAGCUUGGCCCAUGCAAUGUAGUUUACUUUGUGGACGGCUGCAUGGAAUUUGAAGACGGUGAGCUUUCAGAUUCUGAAAGUGUGAUGUCAAAUCAGGCAGAUGAGCCCAUGCAAUACUUUGCAUAUAGUGUCAGCAUGGGCAAACCACAAGCUGACAAUGGGCUGUUUGCAACAGUGCUGGCAUAUUGUCUGACAUGCAGAGUUGAGAACCUGUCAUCCCUUUUCCGGAACUUGAAAGACCUGGUAUCGCAGCUGUCCUUCUGGAGGCAGAUUCCAUAUACUUUAAACGUUGAGAACGACAUCGAACUUUUUCCGCGUGCUGGAGGUGUUGAGAUCCAGAGGCCAUUGACAGAGGCUCAGCGAAAUAGCAGACUUUUCGAAUCAACCUUUUUCUUGAGCAGAUAUUUGGCAAGACUUACCAGUGACAAGCUGUUGGAGUGGAGGCGCAAUUCGAGAAAUGAACCCUGCAAAAGCAAUCCAGACCGGCUCCAAGAACACAUCCUCAGCACAUUCGAGACGCUCAGCAAGAUAGCCAAUGUGUUUGAGGAGAGGAAACACCUUUUCAAAGAGAACAGCUGGCUUGAGCUAGAACUGCUUGUGAAAUGUCCAUGUGAUGACCUGGAAUGGUUUUUGAAGGAAUUGAAAAAAGUUGAACAGCUCCCAAGUCUCGCAGAGAGUGUGCGGGGAGACACUGUUCCAGAACCAAAGAAUGUGCCCCAGGAAAUUCGAGACUGCUUAGUCGUUGCUUUAAGGGAAAACAUAAAGGAUGACUACGAUCAACGGCCAGCGGAGGCCUGUGAGGAGGAUUCGUGUGAUACGGCGAAGCCACCUAGCACGCUUGUCACUGAUGCGCGAGACUUGGUGUAUGAGUUGAUGCAUUGGUUCCAGCAUUGGGAAGGAACUUCAGUGGAAACAAAGGACGGGAAGAAAAAAUGGACUUAUGCACUCGUGGCCGAGCAAGCAGAAGUCGCACCUCUUCCAGAGUCUGAGCUGCGGGCGAUAGCUGAAUUCAUUAAUGAGCAGUCCAACGUCUUCAAAGUUCCAUGCAAAGUCUUUCUAGCACCCGGCAGUUUGUGGAUCAUCAUCAGAUCUGAAGGGCGGUUGCCGAUGUCAGAGUUUUUGAAAGGCUUGGGGGAGUCGAUUCAGCAACGGCAGCUUGGCAGAGAAUUUUGCAAGGCAGUGCUAAAACUGAUGCAUGUCCCUCUUCAUGUCGUUCCGCGAAGGUUGCUCCAUCUUGUUUACCAAGUGGAGCAUCUGCUGGAGUCUUCCGGAUGCUUGUGGCUGAGGGCUCUUGAUGUGCAAAAGCUUGCCGCCAAUCACAUUAAUCAGAGCAAUGGCGAUGUACAGCUGAACCCGUUGCAAGUCAUUGUGUUUGAGGAUAGCGUUGAAGCAGAAAGGCUCUCCUGGCUCAAUGGAAAUGGAAAGCUUCGCUUUGUGAUCGAAACGAAUUGGCGCGACUUGACAUUUCAAGACAGGGUGCUGAAGAGGCUGAAUGAGUUGGCUUCCAAGAGCACAGGUAUGUCUUCAAGCCCGACUUGGGGAGAACAUUCUGCGUUUCAUGCAGUCGCCUUUCUGCUCCACAGAAGGGUAAUGCACUGGCGCUUGGACACGCGUCUUGUGGAUUGUGCUCACCCUGCGGUCCUCUUGCAAGGCGUGCUGCAGGAGGUGCUGAAGGAGACGGAAGUGGGAAAGAUGCUGAGGGCGAAGGCCUUGGAAGCCUGGUGCACCUUGCAGGAACUUGCACGACUUGCGCAACAGUCCGGUGAAAGCAUAGUGUUCACAGAGGGACAGCUUAGUGAAUUACUUGAUCCAAUUGGUCCAAUUGAUCCACACCAAGCUCCAAUCUUCCGUGAAGUUCACAAACGACAAAGUGCAUCUUCGACAGGCACCUUUGACCUGAAAGGUUCUUCCAGCCAUGUUGGCAUGAGACAAAGCGAACACUUGACAGAAGUGCCAAACUCUUCAAGCAAUGUCCGCGAGAGAGUGCCUGAAACUGGGUUUGAGGACAGCGACACGGAGGAUGUUUGCUCAUUUUGCACAGUGAGCCAAGAACUCACAGAAAUAGAACUUGGUUUCCAGCAGUUGCUUGAUAGCAAUUCAGACCCUGUUGAAGAAAUCAUGUUGAAGUUUGAGCUCGGCCGCGUCAAGCAGAAGAUGAACAAAUUACAAGAAGCUGAGACCAUCUUUCUUGAAGCGCUUGCGACAGCAGAAGCCCGAGGUUGCGAGGGGGGGUGCGCAGCAAUCCAGCACGAACUUGGCGUGCUGAACCGAAGACGUGAGCGGCUGUCUGAGGCUGCGACGUGGCUUCGGAAGUCUGUGAAGGCAAAGCUUGUGGCCAAUGCUGAGAUGCAUCAGGUUGUUGCGACAAUUGUGGAACUGGGGAGAGUGCUCCAUGAGACCUAUGAUGCACACAAUACAGCUCAUGCAGCACUAAACUUCACUAGGGAAGUCCUGGCACAGCAAAAUUGGGACGAUCAGCUGGAUGCUGAAGGGCGAGGCCUGCAGUGUUUUGCAAAAGCAUUCUAUGAACUUGGCAUAUGGAAGAAAGGGCUUGGUGACCUCGGUUCAGCAGAAAUAUAUUUUAUGGCAUCACUGGCCUUGGAAUAUUCAUUUGAUGAAGGUCAGAAUGAUGUUUCUUUUGCUUCGACUUUGCAUGAACUGGGCUCAGUCUGGAAGAGCGAGGGAAAGAAUCCAGCAGCUGAGAUUUGUCUCAGGGAGGCUUUGUACCGAAAGCGCAAGGCAAACUGCCAAGAUGUCAAACUCACCGAAGAAGAGCUGGAAUCUCUAAACUCUAUUUCCGAUGAUUGGGAGAUAUUGAGUCCGGCAGUGAGUCCAUCCCACAAACCUGAUGGCAAACUUUGAGAGAACCGACGCCGACACCAACUGUGUCAGAAAAAAUGCUGCUGACAUAUUUUCAAUUGGGUUGGGAGGCGAUCAGACGCAAAGCUAUUGUUGAUGCACCUGCACCACACAUUCUAUGCGAAAGG